AUGAUUCCUCUAAAAUUAUUAUUCUAUAUUUUUGUGUUUAGUGACUUUAUUUUAAAAGUAAGUCCAUUUGUCCCACAAGGACGUUUAGCUCAUACAUCAAUUCAUGUAGGAGAUAAAAUAUAUUUUUUUGGUGGGGUUCAUAAUAGUGGCGUUACAUCAAAAGAAAUAUUUUAUCUUGAUGUAACUCGACCUUUUGAUACAGCACUUCCGCCUUGGACUGAACUUUCGAUAAUUUCACCAAUUCCUGUUGAGAGUGCGUGGGCAACGGUUUCAACCAAUAUAAAGAAUUCCACUAUAUACUUAAUCGGAGGAAUUCCCUUUAAAACAAUAAUUCAUUCAUAUGAAAUUGAAACACAUGAAUGGAAUAAUUUACCUGGCAUAACGUUGGUAGGACGUAGGAACAUGCAAGCAGUUAGUAAUGAUUCUGGAAAAAUUUAUAUUUUUGGUGGGUUUGUUAACUCACCAUCAGGAUUACAGUUUACAAAUGAAUUGACUAUCAUUGAUAUAAAUAGUUUAUCUUUGUCAAUUGGGUCUACAAUGGGCGCUCCUUUAGCUAGAAUGCUUUAUACCGCUACAAUGUUACCUAAUGGCAUUAUUGUUUACAUUGGAGGACAAGGAACUGAUGAUGCGGAUGGGGACCCAUAUGUCGAUAUGAGUCAAAUUAAUCUUUAUGAUACAAAGAAAGGAGCAUGGUCAUUAAAAAGUAAGUGA